CAAAAAGUCACCUCCUGUUCCUCUUUUCUCUCCCUUCUCCCACUUCUUAAUUCUUUCCAACGUGCCUUCUCCUCCUCUGAAGAAGCGAGCUCAUUGGAAAGACGCGACCUCCGGGAUGAGAGCCUUCCUCACUGCUGCCCUUGGCGCAUGGCUGGUUGUGCUGCUGGCCAGCAACUCCCAGUCCAAACCCUUCAACCUACAAGAAGUCAGCAAAAGAAGCCAGCUAAGCAAUGAUCGCCAGGAUCGCACAGACGAAAAGAGUGGCAGGUUGGAGCAAUCAGAGCGUUUUGCGAUCCGGGACGAGGGAAUGGCUAACCCAAUAGUGCACACCGGCUUUGAAAAGAGGGGCAUCAGCAAAAACGAUGAGGAAUCCAAGGGUUCCAACGAGCAAGUUUUGUUCGACCGGACUAAGGAAAUUCCUUCGAGCGACUUAAAUUCGAGAGGGUUCCAAGUCUCGGCUGUCAGCUUCAAUGGCUUGCAAGGAAGAGGCAGCCACGAUCGUCGAAUGGUCUGUCUUCCAUCCUCUCAUGAUACUUGACGGUCGUGAUCGUGCAGGCUAUAUAAAAACCAUGGAGC